AUGCGCACGCGCAUCUGGGAGGAUGCCGCCGCCAUGAGCGUCGUGAGCGUGUUGGGCUUCAUCAUGAACGACGAGGGCGAGGUCGUGGGAUCGGAGCGUACGCAGGUGCUUUGCAAGCUCAUGCCGUCCAUCCAUACGCUGUCACACCGCGCGAUCUUGGCGCUACUGAUCACGCAGCUCAGCGACGCGGACGCUCAAGUAUUCUACGCGGAAGGUGGGCUAAAGGUGCUGAAUGCAUGGCUGGUGGACGGUGUCACUCGACGCGAGACGGGUCUGUCCAAAGAGAAGAAACGCACCGAGAUGUUCUCUCAAGUGCGCGCCAUAGUGCGGAUUCUGGAUGUGAAUGUGCAGACUGAUGCACAGAGGAAGCAGAACUCGUAUCUUACAGCUACGUUCGCGAAGAUUAUUGAGCUACUUGACAACGCUGGGCCAGAGUACGCAGCUGAAUGGAGUCGUUUGAACAUUUAUCGACGUCACUUUGAGAGCUCAUGUGGAGUGCCCUCAACCGUCAAAGAAGGCCGCAAUGACUCUCGACGCUUCACCAAUAGCUACGCCAACGGCAAUGGCUCUCGCAACGCCAAAACCCCUAGUGAGAACCCGCCACAACACUCUUUCAUGUCUUCGACGUCCUCUUCUACCACGUCGACGACUAGUGCUUCAGCGCCUCGAAAGCCUCCCACUUCGGGGUCCUCUUCUGGAUCGACAUCCACGCCAUUGUCCAGCACUAACACGCCGAGUAGCCAUCGAGUUCCACCUUCCUCGGUGUUGCAGUACCAACCCAAGUCUUUCCUGCAGAAAGAUAAUGGCUCUAAUAAUCUAGAUCAGGAUGAUCUCGAGGAAUACGUGGAAGAUGAUGACGAAGAGAUGCUGCUAGCUGACGAAGGCGUCAUCACUAAUGUGAACCAUGCAGCGUUGAGUGCAUCUCUGGAGCAAAAAAUCCGAAAGAACGGACACGACAUGCAGUACGGAGAGCGAUCGCCAUGUCGGAAGUGCAAGCGUAUGGCCUCGAAGCGAUGCACGCAUUGUGAGUUCUGUGCCAAGUGUGGGCAGAAGGACAAGUGCGAGCCGAUUAGUGUCACGCCCUCGUCACCUGGUAGUGAUAGCAGCGGUACGAAGACUACAGGAACAGGUAUUGGUGCUAAGUCGUUGUCGGUGAAAGACCGCAACGUACAAGUGCUCGGCUCCGUGAUGGAUGCAGCCAUCUAUCAUGCCUUUCGUCAAGAGGAUUUUCACUCGGUCUUCAGUCUAAUCCAGAACGGCAUGGACGUAAAUUUCCAGCGAGUCGAGUCGGAUCACUCGUCGGCUUUGAUGGCUGCUGCGCAUCACGGCCGCGACGACGCUGCCUCCAAGUUGUUGAGCUUAGGAGCGAACCCGUGUCUUGAAGAUCAUACUGGCAACAAGGCGUGGAACUUUGCCGAGCGUCGAGGACACACCGAGCUGAUGGACAAGCUCAAAAAGUGCUGCGACGAGUGGGAAGCAAAGCACAAGGAUGGAGAAAUCAAAGCGCAAUCCUAA